AUGAACGCUCCCAUGCAGCCUAAUUUUGCCCGGGGCUUCCCCCCGACCGCCCAGCGGUCUCCAGCCGCACCUCGUCGUGCCCCAGCGCCUGGCGCGAUGCCCAUGCCAAUGCCUCAACACGCUGUCAACCCUCAAUACAUGCCGGUGCAGCGCGCGAUGCCACACCCCAAUGAUCCUGCUCUGCGCCGUAGCCGCAAGCCAACCGACAAGAAUAUCCCUGACGGAAUCGAGGAAGUCAUCAUCGGCGAGGGUGUCGAACAAUACAAGAAUCUUCGCGACUUGGAGAAGCGAUUGGAUGCCGCCGUCGUACGCAAGCGAUUAGACAUCCAGGACUCUAUCAGCAAAACUGUCAAGAAAUACCGAACGAUGCGCAUCUGGAUCACCAACACCGUCGAGAGCCAGCCCUGGCAGGACGCCAGCAGCACUCCCGGAUCGGGUCGGUAUAAGGUGCGCAUCGAAGGCCGCCUCUUGGAUGAUAACAACGACCCUACCAUCCCAGAGAAUGAUGAGGAAAAUUCCGCGAGCGCUGGUGAUGAUGCGAUGGACCAGGACAAGGAAGAAGGAGACAAGGAGAAGUCUGAGUUGAAGAAACAAUCCCAGCGCUUCUCUCACUUCUUCAAGACCAUCACCGUCGAUUUCGACAAGCCGGCCACUGCUGUUCCCGAAGAAGUCAAGCCAAUUACCUGGAACAAGCCUCAAUUUUCGCGCGGAUCCCAAGAAAACCUGAACGUCACAGUCAACCUUGUGCGGGACGAGACUCCAGAGCGGUACAAGCUGAGCAAGGAGCUGGCUGAAGUGCUUGAUGUCGAAGAGGAGACUCGCAGCGGAAUUGUGUUGGGCAUCUGGGAUUACAUUCGCGCCAUGGAACUGCAAGAGGAUGAGGAGAAGCGCCAGGUGCGCUGUGACCACCGUCUUCGUUCGAUUUUCGGCCGCGAAACCAUGUUCUUCCCUCAAAUCCCCGAGAGUAUUGGACCUCACACAAGCCCUAUGGAUCCCAUCAAGCUCCCCUACACUAUUCGCGUCGACGAGGACUUCCACAAGGAACCUACCCCCACCAUCUAUGAUAUUCGUGUUGCCGUUGAAGAUCCGCUGCGCACCAAGAUGAUGGCCCUGACGCAGAACCCCAAAUACACCGCUGGCAUGCGGCAGAUCGCCUCGCUGGACGACCAGGUCGCUCUCAUCGUCCAAGCGCUCACUCACUCCCACGCACGUCACUCGUUCUACACAGCCUUGAGCAAGGACCCCGUGGCUUUCCUCCGUCGCUGGGUCAACUCCCAGCGCCGUGAUCUCGAGACUAUCGUUGGAGAUUCUGCAGAUUCAAACGGCCCGGAGUUCCGCCGGGAGGCAAUAACAGUGCAUGGGAGACGCCCGUGGCGAAGGACGCUGUGCGGGGCGCUUAUGCGGUGUUUUGGUCUGGUGUAG